CAAUCCCCUCCACGUUUGAUAAACUUUCAAAAUCACAACCCUAAGCCCAACGGACCAGUUCUUCCUCCUCAUCCUCAACAGCUGAGGUAUCCACUGAACCAGAAUCUUUCACGACAAGCAAUAAAGCCCAAUCCCCUACAGGUGGCUUUCUUGGCUCAACAAGCCAUAAAACAGUGGCAGAUCAGCAGUGGACAUGGCCCCUCAUCAACCGCCAGCAGCACAUCUUCUACUCCGUCCAGUCCCACCAUCACCAGUGCCGCAGGAUAUGAUGGAAAGGCUUUUGGUUCAUCUAUGAUUGAUUUGAGCUCACCAGUGGGCGGUUCUUAUAAUCUACCUUCUCUCCCAGAUAUUGAUUGUUCAAGUACCAUUAUGCUGGACAAUAUUAUGAGGAAAGACACUAAUGUAGAUAACAGCCAGCCAAGACCACCCUCAAACAGAACAGUGCAGUCACCGAAUUCGUCAGUGCCAUCUCCAGGCCUUGCAGGACCUGUUACAAUGACUAGCGUCCACCCCCCAAUACGUUCACCUAGUGCCUCCAGCGUUGGGAGCCGAGGAAGUUCUGGCUCUUCCAGCAAACCAGCAGGAGCUGAUUCUACCCACAAAGUCCCAGUGGUCAUGUUGGAACCAAUCCGAAUAAAACAAGAAAACAGUGGUCCACCUGAAAAUUAUGACUUUCCUGUUGUUAUAGUGAAACAAGAAUCAGAUGAGGAUCCUAGACCUCAAAAUACCAGUUAUCCAAGAAGCAUCCUUACCUCCCUGCUCCUAAAUAGCAGUCAGAGCUCUGCUUCUGAGGAAACUGUGCUAAGAUCUGAUGCCCCUGAUAGCACAGGAGAUCAACCUGGACUUCACCAGGAAGAUUCCUCAAAUGGCAAAUCUGAGUGGCUGGAUGCCGCCCAGAAAUCACCCCUUCAUAUUGGAGAGACACGGAAGGACGAUGACCCUAAUGAGGACUGGUGUGCAGUCUGUCAAAACGGAGGGGAGCUCCUGUGUUGUGAGAAGUGUCCCAAAGUUUUCCAUCUCUCUUGCCACGUGCCCACAUUGACAAAUUUUCCAAGUGGAGAUUGGAUUUGUACUUUCUGCCGAGACUUGUCUAAACCAGAAGUUGAAUAUGAUUGUGAUGCUCCUAGUCACAACUCAGAAAAAAGGAAAACUGAAGGCCUUGUUAAAUUAACACCGAUAGAUAAAAGGAAGUGUGAACGCCUCCUUUUAUUUCUUUACUGCCAUGAAAUGAGCCUGGCUUUUCAAGAUCCAGUUCCUCUAACUGUGCCUGAUUAUUACAAAAUAAUCAAAAAUCCAAUGGACUUGUCAACUAUCAAGAAAAGACUACAAGAAGAUUAUUACAUGUAUACAAAGCCUGAAGAUUUUGUAGCUGAUUUUAGAUUGAUCUUUCAAAACUGUGCUGAAUUCAAUGAGCCUGAUUCAGAAGUAGCCAGUGCUGGUAUAAAACUUGAAAAUUAUUUUGAAGAACUUCUAAAAAAUCUUUAUCCAGAAAAAAAGUUCCCUAAACUAGAAUUCAAGAAUGAAUCAGAAGAUAAUAAAUUUAGUGAUGAUUCAGAUGAUGACUUUGUACAGCCCCGGAAGAAACGCCUCAAAAGCAUUGAGGAACGCCAGCUGCUUAAGUAAGCAGUAUCAUCGGCAUAUGCUUAUCUUUAGAUUUUUUUGUUUUCCAAAAACAGUUGUCAGUAACUUAACAUCAUUGGAAAGAAGAGUUUGUGAGCCGUCUCAUCUGUUUUUGAUGUUUACUGAACUUCACUGAGAAAGAAGAAGGAAGAAAGGAGAUCAGUGGAAGAAAGAAAGGAGGGAAUGAAGAAAAGAUGGCAGAAGAGGAAAUGGAAAACAAGAAAAAGAACAAAUGAAAGAAUGAACAGUGAUAUACAUAGACAUUCUUCACACUUCUUGGAUGUUGAACCACACUCGGGAGCAAUAGCUACUAGAAAAAGGAAGUAGACUUUGUGUGAACUCCCAGUUGGAAAUUCAUGUGAUUUGAGUGUGUGUCAAUCCGGUUUAGAAUGUUAAUGCUGCCACCAUUAAUUAUGGCCCACAAGAUUAGGUUUGCUGUCCUUCAAAGCAGUACUCCCAGAACAUGAGCAGCAAGAUUUCUCUCCCAGGAAUCCAGCUGGCACAACAAAAGGGCAGUAGAUUAGAUGCUAUUAAGAAGGCACCUAAUAGUCUAUCAUGUAAGAUGACAACUAUAUUAAACAAAAUCAGGAAAACGAUGUUUGAUUUUUGGUUUUGUUUUUAUCUUGUCUAUAGAGGUAUUGGGUAUAGCUGGUUUUCAAGGCCAUUUUCAUACAUUUCUAGAUCUAGAUUUUCUUCACCUUCUUCCUGUGAAAGGUAUAAGUGUGCACAUGUUUGGUUUUGCUGUGUCUAUGUGUGGUUUGUUGUUUGCUUUUUAACUGUGCAGGUGACGCUUUUAUAGCAGGCCUCAUUGUUUGCCGUGUGGCUUUUAUAGAACUACCCAAAAUACGAAGUAUAGCAGGGUGUACCG